GUUGAGUCUGACGCUGAAACUGAAGUGUUUUGAUGCACCUGCCGGAGCAGAGGACAGAUGUUCGAGCAGUUUAACCUGUAGAGACGCUGCAGCUCCUCCACGCCCACCACACAGGAAGUGAUGUCACUGUGCUGCUGGUAGCGUCUGCAGCUCAGGAUGCAGCUCCUGGUGGUGAAGCUGCUGGGCCUUCUGGGCCUGUCUGCGCUGAUGCUGGCCGGCAUCCUGGUGCCGGUGCGCCUCCUGCUGGCCGACAGCGAGAAGGCGGGGCGCUACCACCGGGGCCUGGCGCUUGGCAACUGCUUCGGAGGAGGCGUGUUCCUGGCAACGUGCUUCAACGCUCUGCUGCCGGCCGUCAGAGACAAGGCGGCCGGCGUCCUGCAGCAGCUGCAGGUCAGCAGCGACUACCCGCUGGCUGAGACCAUGAUGAUGGUGGGCUUCUUCAUCACGCUGUUUGUUGAGCAGGCCGUCCUGACCUUCAGGAAGGAGAAGCCAUCCUUCAUCGCCCUGGAGACGUUCAACGCCGGCGGCUCGGAACCCGGCAGCGACUCAGAGUAUGACGCCCCCUUCCUGGGCGGCGGCCAUCGCCACGGCCACUUCGGACCGGGCCAGCUGGCGGGGGCGGGGCCUCUGCGGCUGGCAGGCCUGGUUCUGGCGCUGUCGGCCCACUCGCUGUUCGAAGGUGUGGCGCUGGGCCUGCAGGAGGACGGUUCCAAGCUGGGCGGCCUGCUGCUGGGCGUGGCCGUCCACGAGACGCUGGCCGCCGCCGCGCUGGGCAUCAGCGUGGCCAAGGCGGCGCUGGGCAUGAAAGACGCCGCCAAGCUGGCCGCCGCCGUCGCCAUGAUGAUCCCGCUGGGCGCGGCAGCGGGGAUGGGCGUGGAGGCGGCGCGGACGCUGGCGGCCGGCGUGGCGUCGCUGCUGCUGCAGGGCCUCGCCGCCGGGACCUUCCUCUUCGUCACCUUCAUGGAGGUCCUGAGUCCGGAGCUGGAUAAGAGGACCGACCGCCUGCUCAAGGUGCUCUGCCUCGUCCUGGGAUACGCCGCGCUCGCCGCGCUGCUGCUCGUCAGGUGGUGACGGCCGGGGUGGGGCCACUCUGCUCUCUCCAACUGCUGUGGAGAGCAGGAACUACAACUUGAAUAAAAGACCUCAAGAGGGAACCCCUAUUCCUGACCUUUGACCCCUGACUGUAAGACUUGCAGGUAUUGAUGGCGCGGUGCCUGCUGCCUCCUGCGGGUGGCGCUGGGCGGUGAACCCCGAGAUGUUCUGCUGUUUUAUUAAUGUUCUAGAUUAACAUUUUAAUUGAAUCGAAUGUUUGACCCUGAACCUCGUCUGGCAGGCUCAGAACCGUUCUGCAGGUUCUGACCAGAAUGGAUCAGAACUGGUUCCAUAUCUGAACCAGAACCUGAACAGAGCCACUGAGGGUCCCUCACCAUCAGAACCAGGACCUCCACCCUGUGUGACAUCACUUCCGGUUGUCCCUCCUGUAGAUCUGUUUGAGUUCUGAUCGGUGCUGAUUUGUGCAGUGUGAAGUAAUUGGAUCAGAACCAGACUAUGAUGUGCGAUCUGUCAGAACCUGGAGGUCCGGUCAGAUUCUGUUUAAUCCAGAGAUGAUCUCUGGUCACGUUGAGGUGUGUGAUGAAAUCAUUCAUCCUGUUGAGAUUAGCAGAACAAUCUGUCGAAGUUUUUCAGAUUAAAGUUAGUGGUUUUGUUUUAUUGUUUUAACAGGAGCUUGGAGUCCAGAACUGAACUGAUUUAUUUAAAGGGCCAGUAUCGUGUAAAAUCAACUGUUUUUAAUAUUUUUUUUAAUCACUGUCUUUUUAUUGAGUUUUUUUCCCUUAGUACAUACAGUUUGUGAGUACAAAGAAGUGUAUCUAACACAUACAUAAAAUAAUACACACAGAGAAAAUAAUCCCUCCAAAGUAAUCCCAUUUAGCCCACCCAGGUCACUGCCUAGUAGGUCCACCCACUACAUUCCUAUCUCUGGCAGAAACGGAACACAUUUUAAUAAAAUUAAUUAACUUAA